AUGAAGAUCAAGCUGCAGGCCAAAAAGAAUGUCCUCAAUGUGAACGUACACCUGACCGUGGCAGUGCGCAUGCGCCUACUGAGCGAUCGUGACUCCGAGACCACUAGCAUCGUCCUCGUGGUCAUCACGCCCGCGCCCAUGGUAAGACCGACUCCCGCAACGUCGAGGCAACCUACCACGAAUGAAUCUACAAUGGUGUCGCCAAACCGCAAGAGACGUCCUAACGAGGCCGCGCAGUCGUCAGCCACGAAAUGUCGCCAAUCGAAGGAAGAGCCGCCGUCGCCCGGGGUACGGGUGAACGUGAGCGUGCGUGGGCGCCUACUGAGCGUUCGUGACCUUAAGACCCCAAGCAUCGUCCGCGUGCUGGACUACAGGUGCCAUGUGUUUCACCCCAAGGCCGAGACGGAGUCUUUCCAUUUUGAAGACGGGGCUCACGCCAAGCCCAAUGAAGACCAAACGUUCAUGUUUUAUCAGUUCUUGGAUGAAACAAAAGACAAUGUGUAUGGGUGGGAGAACACCACCAGGGGCAUGCUGACCAUGCUUCUUGAAGGGUGCAAUUGCUCUGUGUUCGCGUGCAUUUCGACUGGCGCCGACAAAGAUUUCGCAUCGCUGGGCUCCGAGGAAUGCCACGGCGUAGUCUCCCUUGUGGCCAGCGAGGUGUACCAGCGCGUGGACAAGCUGCGGUCAGAGGGCCAGACAUGCGACGUAGCAGUCGCUUGCCUGGAAGUCUACAACAAGGUUGUUCAAGACCUGCUUUGCCUCGACCCGGCCAAGGUCAUUGCCAUAUUGUACCUCACAACACACAAGGCAAAGGAGGCCGGCAACCUUCUCGAGCUGCUCUUGAAAGUAAAAAAGAACCGAUCACAGCAUACCACAGGCGCUAACGCUGAGUCUUCGUGGUCGCACGCUAUCUUCCAGAGCUACGUCACAGUAACGGAAAAUGCGACAAGCACGAGCAAGGAAACUCUCAUCUCGAUGUGCUCUGUUGACCUUACCGACUCGGAGCGCGCAGCUGCGGCCAGUAGGGACACAAAGGAUCAGAUGCGCAAGGGUACCAAGCUCAACCUGUCGCUCCGGGCCCUCGGCAACUGCAUCGACGCCCGCCCGAAGAACGGGAAUCAGCAGGUGACCCCAAGCUCACCCACAUCCUCAAGGACUCGCUGGGUGGCUCGGGCAACGCCCUUAUGA